GAUUAGGCUUCCCUCAAGAAAAUGCGAGAGAUUUUGUAUCUAUUGAACAAUACACGUUUUUCAAAGUUCAAGCUCAGAAGUGUUGGCAAAGCCCACGAGAGGCCAAGAUGUUUCCACAGAUUCUCUUAAUUACCCCUUUGGUGUGUCUAGCCAUUUAUACCAUCACAUACACCAUUACAACAUUGCAAUAUAGAUUGUUCUUAUUGCAUCAACGCGGCUCGAACACGGAGAAUCGACCUGUUCCUAUCCCUUACAAGAUUCCAUGGCUUGGACAUACUGUUGGAUUUCUUACUCAACUACCCGGAAGAUUCUUCCUAAGCCUCCUUGACUGGCACACGCGUGAGAGUGGCGCAAGUAAACUGGUACUCGGCGGCCAGACUACAUACGUCGUCUUCUCGCACCAUGUAGUUCAAGCUCUUUACAAGCUCAAGCGUAGCGUCGCGAGCAGGGAGAACUUCCAUGAGAUAUUUUUGACCAAGGCCACAGGAAUGAGCCAUGAUGAUCAUGACAAGCUCAUUUCAGAGACAAAAACAGAUAGGCAGGAAGUACAUUUACACCAGGAGUUCAUGCUUAAGCAAUCGGGCGUAAAUGAGCUCACGCGAGCUUUCAUAAGGUUCUUCCAAGAAGAGAUUGAAAAGCUGCCUAGCGAAUUGCCACUAGAGACGCGCGACGGAGUCGGUCUCUAUGCUUGGUUGCAUCCUAUGAUGUUCAGAGCUUCUGUUACCGCCUUCAUGGGGAAAUACAUCUUGGAUGUUUAUCCAAAUCUCGAGAAAGACUUCCCUCCUUUUGAUAGAGGCAUACUCGAUCUGAUCUUUGGCGUAUCCAAAUUCUUCAAGCCACAGUCAUACGCGGCUCAAGCCAAAAUACUGAGUGGCUUUGAAAAGUGGAUACAUACUGUCGAUAAUGAAACGAAAGGACGCACGCCUGACCCUCAAAAUCCCGAGCAAGAAUGGGAACCAUUCUGGGGCAGUCGCUUCAGCCGCGCACGGCAGGCACUUUGGAUUGAGCGUGAAAUGAGCCAGAGUGGCAGAGCAAGUAUUGAGCUGGGAUUGAUAUUUGGCUUGAACUCAAACGCCAUACCAGCGACCGGAUGGAUGCUUAUGCAUAUUCUUGAUCCAGAACAUCCAGAUAUAUUACCUCGCGUUAUGGAAGAGAUUCGAAAAGCUGUCGUGGUAGACGAUGAUGUCUCGAAAGCAAGCGUUGUCAACCUGAACAUUAAUCAGUUGAUAUCUGCACCGCUGCUGCAAAGCAUUUUCCACGAAGUCCUUCGGGUGUACGUUGAUGUACUUAUUACCCGCAAGUUACACCAAGACGUUGAGUUGCCCUUAGAUGUCAAGGAUGGAGGCCGCACCCUAAAGUUUGAGAAAGAGAGCAUUGUGCUGGCGCCGUCCAUUGCAAGUCACUAUGACUCGGUCUAUUUCGCUGAACCACCUGCCGACAUUUUCUAUGCCGAAAGGUUUUUGGAACAUGCCGAUCCCACUAAACAGGAUGGCCAGUAUGUAUUCAGUUCCGGCGGCUCAUCAUCACGAAUGUGGCCCUGGGGAGGCGGCAAGUCCAUGUGCCCUGGCCGUGUCUUUGCUAAACAGGAGAUUCUUGCAGCCGUGGCAAUGGUUUUAUUGACGUUCGAUAUUGAGGCUAGCGACGAGGAUUCAUUCAAUAUUCCACCAUUCUCCAGGGCAUAUCCAGGAAGCGGGACGAUUGUCCCCGGCGGAGAUGUGAAAGUUCGCAUCAAGCGGCGGACAAUAGAUUGAAUACCUCACUCCCCUACUUUUUCGCCCCUGAAAUACAACGCCUGUCAUGAUGCCCAUACCGUUGUUGGUUCAAUUGCGACCAAAUCCCGCAACCCAUAGUACGAUCAGGUAGCAUUCGAAGCAACUUUAGUGGAGGGUUGGUAUUGACACACGGCUUCCUUAUACUUCUCACAGCUGCAUUAUUAUCAGUCCUAAAUGCGGCUGAUA